AGUCCCUGUUGUGGGACUUAUUCUGUGCAUCCUCUAUGCUUUUAGGUCUUUAAGCAGGGCUUCUGGCAUCCUCCCAUCUGUGGCCAUAUAUAUGUGUGUGUGUAUAUAUGUAUCUUUGGGAUGGGCUAUGGUCUUCACUUUUCCAGGGCUGCCAUAGAUUCUUCCUUGCAGCCCCCUACCUUGUCUUGCCCAAUGGCAUCUCUGGUCUGGGAGUCAUUCUUCUUACAGAGUUUUCUUUUGUCUCUGGAUAAUGUCAUUGGACUUGUGUGCAGAGUUGGUCUGUGAGUGUUUGUGUCUGGCUGGAGCUGCUCUGCCUGAGGCAUAGAGGUGGUAAUCAACAGCAGAAUAACAGUAAGGUACUAUGUGUAAUAUGUCUACGUGCUUAGACUUUGAAGGCCAGGGACACAUAGUCUAUUACAGAACAAGUAGCCAUAGAUGUAGUGUGUGAGGACGAUCAUUUCCAUAGGUUAUGCAGCUGCAGAGGGGAUGACCAAAGCUUCCUGGGUGAGGCCGCUGGAGUGAUAGUAGAGCAGCUUAAAUUCCAAGGGUGUCACAUCUGGUAUGUGUGGGGCUCAUUGUUUGAGUUGGGUUGGAUUUUUUUCUGUCUGGCUGUAGUGUGAAAUAGAGAUGGUGUUCCUAAAUGGAAACAAGAUGUCUGGAAUUUUUAAGCUAUCACUGAGUAUCAGGGUGACUUGUUCAAUAUUGUGUUUUUCAGAUGCAGAGAGACAAUCUAUGCCAAAGGGUGGUGCUGGAGAGGCAAGCAGAAUGCCAGCAUUGGAUGCAUGCAAGAAAGCCAGCCCUUGGUGCCUGCAAGCAGCAUGGAGAGGGAGGUCUGGAAAGGGGAAGAUGCCUCCAGGACCAGCUCCCUUUCCCAUCCUAGGUAACGUGCUCCAGUUGAAACCAAAGAACUUGGCUAAAACUCUCCAGAAGCUCAGUGAAGAGUAUGGACCAGUGUUCACAGUGCACCUGGGCUCCGACCCAGUGGUGGUGCUGCAUGGAUAUGAUGUGGUGAAAGAAGCCUUGGUUGAUCGUGCGGAGGAGUUUGCUGCCAGAGGACGCAUGCCGAUAGGAGAUAGGGCUAACAAUGGAUUAGGGAUUAUUUUUAGCAACAAUGAGGGGUGGUUACAAGUCCGGCGGUUUGCUCUCAGCACUCUACGCAACUUUGGAAUGGGGAAGAAAAGCAUUGAAGAGAGGAUCCAGGGGGAAACUGAGUACUUGCUGGAAGAGAUCAACAAAACAAAGGGAACAUCUUUUGACCCAACCUUCAUGCUGAGCUGUGCUGUAUCUAAUGUCAUAUGCUCCAUCGUCUUUGGGAAACGAUAUGACUAUAAAGAUAAGAAGUUCUUGGCCCUGAUGAACAACUUGAACAACAUAUUUGAGAUGCUGAACUCCUACUGGGGGCAGCUCUACCAGAUGUUCCCAAGCAUCCUGUAUUACUUGCCUGGUCCACAUAACAACAUAUUCAAAGAAUUUGAUGCUCUAAAAGCUUUUGUGUCGGAGGAGGUGAAGAUACACCAAGCCUCUCUAGAUGUCAGCUGCCCUCAGGACUUCAUUGACUGCUUCCUCAACAAAAUGCAUGAGGAGAAGGAGCAUCCCAAUUCCAGUUUUCACAUGAAGAACCUGAUAACCAGUGCCUUCGAUUUGUUCUCUGCUGGAACUGAGACAACUAGUACCACCAUAAGAUACGGGCUUCUGCUGCUUCUCAAAUAUCCAAAGAUACAAGAGAAAGUUCAAGAAGAGAUUGACCGGGUAGUAGGACGAUCACGAAGACCUUGUGUGGCUGACCGGACCCAAAUGCCGUACACAGAUGCUGUGGUCCAUGAAACCCAGCGCUUCAUCUCACUCAUCCCUUUGAGUCUCCCUCACGCUGUGACCAAAGACACUCACUUCAGAGAGUAUGUAAUUCCCAAGGGCACUACAAUUUUUCCCGUUCUCAGUUCUGUUCUCCAUGAUAGUAAAGAGUUUCCAAACCCAAAUGAGUUCAACCCUGGACAUUUCUUGAGUGAGAAUGGCACGUUUCGGAAGAGCCAGUUCUUCAUGCCCUUUUCGGCAGGGAAACGCAUAUGCCCUGGAGAGGGCCUGGCACGCAUGGAGAUAUUCUUAUUCAUGGCCACCAUCUUGCAGAACUUCACCUUGAAGCCUGUUGUUGACCCCCAGGAACUCAACAUAACCCCGACACUGAGUGGGACAGGCAACGUACCUCCUGUCUACCAGCUCUGUGCUCUCCCCCGCUGAAAAGCACGAAAGCAAUCUCCACAGUGUCCUGAGCCUGGCUACUCCUUUACAUCUCUCUUACUAAAACCAACGGCAGCAGCACUGGCCUACCUUUCCAAGGCGUCCAGGAAGGCAGCCCAAACACAGGUAUGUGUACAGAGCAGACACCUUCAAAGCCUCCCAGAGGGCCUGGGUAGCAUUGCAGCCUGUUGUACCUAUGAUCUCUCCAUGGGUCACUGAGUGCAGUUGCCGAAUCAAAGAGCUGAUUUGCUCACAAACACAGCUCCCAUCCUGCCCAUAAUCUGCUUGUCCUGCAGCACAUGUCCCAUCAAGAUGGAUAGCACUGCAUGUGUGUAUGUUAAGGACCCAAUAAAGAAAAAUCAGUUUAUGAGAAUUUGAGAUGUUAUUUUCUCUGGGUCGGGGCAGCACCCACAUCUGCUGCUCCACUGCAGACUACGUCUGCAGCCCCUGUAGGAAGAGCUGCCCCUCCUGCUGCAAGAGUGCUGUUUGCUUCCUCUACUUGAUACACUGCUGUGGAGCCCCUGGCCAGUCCCAGUACCAGUCAGCAAGGCUCACAAUCGGGAAGGGGGAGUUGCAGCCUGGGAGCUUAUCAGCAGCUCUGUGAGUCUUGGGGCUUCCAAUCCUGCUGCCCACAGCCUGAUAAAGGAUAGCUGUAGCAUCCCUCAUGAAGGAGAGUUCUCGCCUCUCGUCCCCCCGCCCCAGGUCAGUGACUGAAGCUCAGGCUGCUUUCACCUGCUACACGGGACCUCUGGCUGCUCCUAGGGAUCUCAUUUCUCAGGCUCUCUGGCUCACUCUUUCCACAAGCUGGGAGUACCUCCUGUAUGGCUUCUCACUAUCCUGCAACUAUCUCCUCCAUGCCCUACUGCCCUCCCCAAGGCAUUUGCCAGCACAACCCUGCCUGUCGCUCCCACACAAAUCAAGAUGGGCCUGCUGAGGAGAUAUUUCUCUGGAUGGUAUCUCCUGACUGAAUCACACACGUUCCCCCCGCCCCGAGAUGCCAAGGUACAGAACAGAGAACAGUGGGACUGAGAGACCAUUGCAAGUACGAAACGGCUGAAAACUAAGGGAAGUUGCCAACAUGGAGGCUAAGUUCUGCAGUUGGAGUUGCAUUCUCCUUCCUGUUUUCUUGAGCAUAUCAUUUCAUCUCUCUUAUGGUCUGGACUUCUUCUGCCAAACGAGGAGUGCAUCCCUGUCGUUGCAGGCUGCUGUGAGCACAGGCACUUGAAGCAUGGUGACUCCAAUCAACUCUCUGGCUGCUCUUUUCUACCAUUAGUAUCACUGCAAGCAUUUAGAUGUUAUUUAUUAAAAUGAAUUAAUUUAGGAGGACAGCAAAAGCAUCUCUCCCAGAGAGCCUGAGUACUCCAGGGGAAGCUGAUCUUGCUUCCCCAUCUCAGAGGCAUCAUUGCAAACAAAUUCUUUCCCCAUUCAAAGUGUUUUUGACCUGCUCUCUAUAGAAUUGCGUGCAUGCACAAAAGAAAACUCUCUUAUUCAGAAAUUGCAGUCACAUGACUUCUAAUGUCCAGGAAAAGGAUUGUAUCUGUUAUUUCUGACCCCAGCCACUACUUGGUGCUUUUCUUACAGUGAUAGGGUGAAUCUAUAUCAUAAAUGGAUUACAGCGCAGGUGCCUCUCUUCUGGGAU